CUUUGAAGAAUCCAGCACUCUUUAGGCCGCGUGACGGGAGAAUAUCGACAUAGAGUCGCCUCCACAAUUACUAACCUGCACUACUCCAGCCGCAAACAAGGCAGCUGCGACACGCUCCUGUUCUAUGGCUUCCAUCCCAUCUGCUGCAACGUCAUCCGCCAUGCGUCUUGUUUGCAUGCUCUACGCGAACUGCCGCAAGCCGCCAUCAUGAGCGCCCAAGCCGACGACACGUCCCUUAACACAUACAGCUCGAGCGAUGUCAGCUAUGCUUCAGCCCGAUCGCCUUCCAAUGCUUCGUCCACGAACGACGCAUCGCCUCCACGUCGAUGGGCACGAGUGCACCACAUCUCACAGAAAGCCAAGUCCAAGGCAAUGAGGACCUUGCAUAUCGAUGACACGGAAGCGCAAACACAAGCAGAACAGGACGUCCAGGGCGAUCCUGCCUUCAACCCGCAGAGCGUCUUUUGCGAGAAAACCAUGACGGCGGGGCGUACCCUAAGCCGUACCACAGGGGCUAUCCAGAAGGCAGGCUAUGCCAUCAUUCACCCAAGAGAUUCUGUGAAGUGCAAAGCUGCAACCAGGUUGGCUGCACCGGAGCAACCGUUACUGUCACAAGAAGCGGACAACGUGCUCAUAGAAGCUCAUGAAAGGCUCGAACGGGCUCAGCAAAAUGUCUCUCCUGACGACGAAGAGCGCCCAGAGGCAUUGAAAGAGAUUGUAGACAAUUUGGAAUCACACAGGGAGAGCAUGAGGGUGGCCUGGACUACGAGUAGAUUUAUACACCGUGUGCGUGUGGUGCCAAGCAGACGAAUUGAGCUUCCACGAAUUGCCGAUUUCGAUAUUCAUGAUGAACAAGGAAGAUACGUUCGUACAGACUGGAUACGAUAUCUGGGGAACUAUGCCCUUUAUGCGACCCAAGAUUCGACAACACGCUAUCUGGCAUCUGACGACUCACCGUUCAAUAGAGAUAUCAUGGUAGAACAUGUGGAGCGUAUAAUGAUGGCUUCGGCUCCCUGGCAAUCCUAUUUUUUGACUCUUCGCAAGAUAUGGCGUUGGGAAGAUCCUUACACAACAGGUAAAUGGCUAGCAAUCUUCCUCUUCGUCUGGUUGAUCGACUACGUCAUCACGUUUUGUCUGUGCUAUGUUGUUUUCAUUGUUGUCUGGAACCGCCACAGCUCUCGCUCAGUAAAUGCGCUUCGGGAAUCACACGAACGUGCACUUGACCAAGGGGCUACUGCAUUCAAGAUCAGUGAACUCAUACACAGACAUGGUGCUGGGCGUUGGAUCGACCCAGUCAUCGACGAGGUUGGCCCUCGAGCACAGGUCCAACUGCAUGACCUUGCCAACUUCUUGGAGAUGUUGCAAAAUUUUUACCAAUGGAGAUUCCCAGAGAAAACACUCGCGACAUUGUUCACAUUCUGCAUGGCAAUAGCGCUUGGCGCUUUUACUCCCACCGGCUAUUCCAUGAGGGUAGUCACAUUGGUGCUAAUCUUAUGGUUCUUUGCUGGUAGGCCCAUUGGGAGCUAUCAUCCCAAAUACCGGCAUAUCGUGUCUCCAAUUGCUUAUGUGUUUUGGGAUGUUCCUACUCAUGCACAAUGGUCUUUCCGUUACCUACGGAACAAAGCAGAGUCAAUUCGCCAACGAGCCAUCGAACGCGCCGUAAAAUCGAAAGAGGUCGAGAAAAGGGCCUCCUCUGUGACGAUGUCCGACCCUGGUGGUUUGCUUGACGAUAGCUCCGCUAAAGAAGGCACGCUGGAAAGCCAACAAGGUACUCUACACACUACCAGUGGCAUUGAUGACCGUCAGGAGUUGGUUCCACUCGACUUGCAGACAUCUAAAGAGGAGUAUUUCAUGACGUUUCGCUGUCGUUAUCAUGGCGUUCCAGGGCGAUUGGCCAUUUCUGCAACGGGGAUCAGUUUCAUCCGAUUGUUUCCAGCCAAAGAGCUUUGGAGGCACCCCUUUCAUGAACUGACGGAGAUACGGAAGAUGGCAGGGUCUCCGUUAAUCAAAGGUAUCGGAAAGGACAGGCAACUAGCUCUCACGUUUACAGAUGGUAGCGUGGAACGGAUGGAAGGAAUGAAAACCCAGGAGGAGGCAUUUAACAGCAUCAUAGGCUUUUCAGGUUUGCAAUGGCAGAACCUAGAGCCACUUGAACGAGAGAACCACGCGGACGUAGGGGGAACGUAAGUCAGUGGAGCGUUGGAGCGUCAUGGAAAUAGUUUUGAUACCCAGUAUAUAUAUCAUGACAGCGCCUCUAAGCUGCGGCUGUCAAACAUUCGAUCACUCGAUGUUUGGAGG